AUUUUAUCAGGUAAACAAUGCCGUUGUAUGCGUGGUUUCAUUAUAUAAAGACUUGAUGAAAGAAAGGAAGAAAGAGCCUAUAGUUCUAUCAAUCUAUAUUCGAAUCGUCGCCAUGUUCAGGUUUUGCCUGAUCAAUUGUGCUGCUGUUCUCGGCGCCGCUGCCGCGGCCACUUUAGCCCCAAAUGGCAACGCAACAAACCCGAUUGUUAAUCUGGGUUCUGCCGGUUCCUAUCUAGGUGUCUUGCAGAACAAUGGGACCGUGGUAUCUUGGAAGGGUAUUCCAUAUGCACAGCCACCCGUGGGAAAUCUGCGCUUCAUGCCACCACAAGCAUUGCCGAGCCUAGGCCCGACACUUGUCGACACAACAACAGAUGCGCUGCGCUGUGUACAAUUCGCCGGUGCUCCAUACGGCGUCAUCAACAGUAACAUUGUAGGUUCACGAGCGGGUCCCGGACAGGAAGACUGUCUCAAAUUGUGGAUUUGGAAACCAGCCAGUAUCCCGGCUGGCGCCAAGCUGCCAGUAAUGUUAUAUAUUCAUGGCGGCGGGUUACAAUAUAGCGCUGCACCCAACAAUGACUUUAGCGAUUGGGUUGGCCAGAGUCAGAACUUCAUUGCCGUCAACGUCGGGUACCGCCUGGGCGCAUUGGGUUUCAUGGCACAUCCCUCUCUACCUUCUGCCAACGCAGGCUUACUUGACCAGCGCUUUGCUAUCCAGUGGAUCAAGAAAAAUAUUGAAACGUUUGGUGGCAACCCCAACAAUAUCACUAUCAUGGGCCAGUCGGGAGGUGGAUAUGCUGUCGCUGCCCAGAUUGUCCUCUAUGAUGGAGAUAACCAGGGUUUAUUCCAGAAGGCUAUCCCACGCUCCAUUCAGCGAUCGCCCAUGUUCCACGUCGGAGACCUCACAGAUCGCAAUGCACAAUACUUUAGGCUACUCAACUGUACCACGGGUCAAGCUGAGCUGGACUGCUUCCGUCAAGCAUCAGUGCCCGCGUUGGUGAAUGCAUAUAAUUCCUUGACAAGCUACAAGGCAUCAAGCGGGUAA